AUGGACAAGUGGAAGGACGCGGUCACCACCCAGCUCAAUGACGCGGCCUGCAAAAAUAAAAGGCUCCGCGAAGAGCUCCGCCUUCUCCGAGAGGAGAAGGAGAGCGCGCUGAACGAGCUACGGGUGCAGCUGACGGAAGAGUUCCACGAGCGCACCGCGAUGCAGCAGGACGAGCUGGCGACGCUGAAGCAGCAAACCGCCGCGCUACGGGAGGAGAAGAAAAUGAUGGCCGCCACGCACGAGGAGGAGCUACAGACAACACGAAUGAAGCUGCGCGAGAUGAUCCAGCUAGAGUUGAAGACGGAGUACAAGCGUAGAGAGGAGCAUUGGGAGAAGGAGAAGACGCAGCUGCAGGCGCGCAUGUCAGCCAAGGAGACGGAGCGCGCGCAGGCGGAGCACGAGUGUGAUGUGCUGAAGCUGCGACUGAACAGACUCGGGACCCAAUAUGAUGAACUCGCAACGCUAUUUCGGCCAGAAAGUGGCGUCACAUCGCUGACGCAUGGGCUAGAGGCGGGCGACUACAAGGCAAGUGGAACGGGGCCCGAAAACGCGCCACUUACUCCUGCUGGUGCCCCUGGAGCCGGCUCAGCGACCCUCAGCACCAACGGCAGCAGCGCUGUGCGUCAGCAGGCGGCUGUGGCGGCGACACACGCGAAGCAGCUUGAGAGCAUCAAGGCGGAGCUGCAGAGCAAAGAACAACACGCACAGUUUCUGCUAGACCGGGCCAAGCAGGAGCGUGAGGCGGAGAAGACGCAACUCCUGAGGGAACAGCAACUGCGGGAGGAGGAACUCAAAGUAGCGCACACACUGCUGAAGCAGGUGCAGAUGGAGAACAGCCGAUACAUGGAGCGUAUCUUGCAUGCUCAGACAGAGCGGCAGGCGCUGGAGCAACGAUACGCAGCAAAGGUGUCCGCCCUCAGUCAGGAACUAGCGGAGCGCAUUCGCGCCGCGGAUGAAACACAAAUAGUAAAUAAGCACCUGCAAGAGCAACUUCGCACCUCCCAGCAGCAAGUCGCCACGUUGGAGGAGGAGUCGACGAUGCGCGAGGAAGCGUUUCAUGCGCUGAUGUUCUCGGAAGACAACAAGCAAGCCGCGAUGGACUUGCAGCGGGCCGUGCAAGCUGCCCGGGACGAGGCGGAGGAGUGGAAGAUGCAGUACUACGCCAGCGUCACCGGCUCACACUCUCCCACAGCGACAGCAGCAGCAGCAUCGCAACCUGGUCCCUCCCUGCCGAAAUCGGCAGGAGCUGAUGACGCACACGGAUCUGCCGCUGUCAGUGCCUCCGCAGAAGCGUCUGCUCGUACACCUCAGGCGUGGCAUGACCAACUCGCCGCCAGGGAAGCGAAUUUGAAUUCGCAGGAGGCGCAGCUGGCGCGCAAGGCAGCCCUUCUGGCGGCCGCAGAGGCGAAGCUGAACAAGAUGCGCAGCUCGAUGGCUAAUCAGGCUUCUCUGCUACUACAAAGUAAGAGUAGUGGUCGCGAUGGCGGUAGCAGUGAUGUUGGUGAUCCUCACGGACGUCGUGGGGACAGUGACAGUCGCGUAUUCAUCGGAGGCAAUGACAGGGGCAGUCUGAUGGACGACGAUAGAGACCGCGACCUCUCCGACGUGUCGCCGCUCAUCUUCACGGCGGCGUCACUUCUGCCAUCUGCCCUGCAUGGCUCACUACGCCUGCUAGAGGCACAGCGGCGGCGUCUGCACCUCCCAGGCAAGUGUGAUCUGUACGCCUGCUGCUUCUCUGGUGGCGUCACCACCGGUGCCUCUCGGCGUCUCCGUCGCAAUGCGCUUCUGAUCACAGUGAUGGUGUUCAUGUUGCUUCUCAUGCUCGCCAGUUUGAGUGCUAUUGUGUAG